AUGCCAUCAAAUCGUUCAUCGGAUAUUCCAUCAUCGUUUGAUCGUUUUCGAGUAACAACAAUUCAAUUUCUUUCACCUUUUCGUAAUCAUCGUUCUGGCAGACAUAUACGACGACAAAGUCCAGAACGAUCAUGGAUACGUAAAAUUCAAGUUCAUCCUAAUAAUCAAAAUAGAUCAUCAGAAUCGAACGAGAUUAAUCAUGAGAAUGCAAAUUUAGUUAAUGCAAGUAAACAAACCAUCGAUGAUAAAUCAUCAAAAAAAAAACCUUCAAGUAAUUUUUUUAAUACUCGUCCAACAUCAAAUAUUGUUGGUGUCAUCAAUACUGAAAAAAUACCAACUGUACAUUCAUCCCGUUCAUCUCAAUUAGAACUUCGACAAAGUUUAUCUGUACCUACUCCAUCGAUGCUACGUUAUCGUAAUGCUUCACUCCCAGCACUUGUACCAACAUAUAUUAUAGAUUCUCCAAAAUUCAUGGAUAAUUCAGUGCAACGAUUCGAUUUUGAUUAA